UGUCGCGCGAGGAAACCCCUCGCGGCGGUCACGUGCGUAAUCCCGUGCCCCGCGCCGCUCGCGCCGUGAGCCUGUUAGCGGUCUCGGAGGUCGAUCCAAUUAAGCCGCGCUCGGCCCAACUCGGGUCGGCUGUCGGAAUCGACAGACGACGUCGGCGAGUCGCCGCGGGCCGCACACCCGUCCGUCCGUCCGUCCGGUACGCGGCGGGCACCGGCUGGUCAGAGAGGGAGGCCCCAGAAGGCAACAGUAUGCAAGACACCGAUCGUCUGCUGGUCGUCUCGGCCAGUCUGACGCUCAUCUCUCUGCUGCUGCUGCUGUGGGCCGGCUCUACGGGCGCCGCCGACCCCGCUGCUGCCGUCACCUCCCCUCCUCCUCCUCCUCCACCUGCGGUGCCGAGCUCAGACCGGCGCCGGUCGCUGCUCUCCCCGCGGCGCCGCUACCCGCCGUGCCAGUUCAACCCGCAGUGCAGCUGCAGUAACUCCGGCCCCGACCUCGGACUGGUCGAGUGCGACGGCGUGCGCAUGGUGCACGUCCCCACCGCCAUCAACACCACCAAGGUGUUCUCACUGACACUGCGCGACAACGGACUAGGGGAGAUCGACGAAGAUCGGUUCUUCAUGGCGCGUCUGUGGCGGCUGGCAGUGCAGGAUAACGAACUCAGAUCGGUGCCAGGCCGCGCCUUCAGCGGCCUGGAGCGCUCUCUGUGGCAGCUGGACCUCAGCGGUAACCGGCUCACCCGGGUGCCGCACCAGGCCGUGCGGUCGCUCAGCAACCUCCGCCUGCUCGACCUGUCACAUAACCGCAUAUCGACGGUCCGUCGGAGCGACCUGCAAGGCCUCGAGUCGCACCUGGAGACGCUCGUAUUGGCCGGCAACUUUCUGCGCCAGCUGCCCGCAGACCUGGUGAACGGCCUCGGCGUCCUCCAAGAGCUCGACCUGUCCACGAACGUGCUGACCACGCUGCCGGCCGGCUGCCUGUCCGGCGCGCCGCGACUCACUGAGGUUAACCUCGCCGGUAACCUGCUCACCGAACUGCCGUACGCGGCGCUGAAGGGGACGCCCGUGACGACUGUCCUUCUCGGAGGGAACCUCAUCAACGACACCAGGUCGGUGGCCAGCCAGGAGGGCGGCGAUGGCCCCCAGCUACAGCUGCAGGUGCUCGAUCUGAGCGAGAACCGCAUCAGCUACCUGCCCGAGUCCGCCUGGAGCGACUUCGCGCAGCUGGACUCGCUCACACUGCGAGGAAACCAGCUGGAGGAGGUUGACGAGGCGGCGUUCGAGUCGGCACCGGCGAUCCGUGAGCUGUACAUGUACGACUGUUCGCUGCGCGCGCUGGAGAACAACACCCUCGUACCGCUGGCCGGCUCACUGCGUGUGCUCGACCUCGGCUACAACCAGCUGACUGAGUUCCCCUGGCACACUCUGCCCGAAGGACUUGAGACCCUCGCGCUUAACGACAACCGACUAGCUCACAUCUCCGCUGAGGAGCUGAACCGCCUGGGCAAUCUGCAGAAGCUGAAUCUGCUCGGUGAGUCGAUGGGCGAGCUGAACGUGAGCGCGCUGACUCUGGACCUCCGUAAUGUCGGCCUGAGCGCGCUGCCCAGCCGGCGACUGACGGCCGAGCAGACGGACGGCGUCGGGGAGUCCGUGCGGAAGCUCUACCUCGGCCAGAACCGUCUGGAGGCCAUUGACGCAGACGCCUUCAGUGGCUGCCCGAUUCUAAAACACCUGGACCUCUCGCACAACCGGAUCGGCGAGCUGAACGCGGCUGCGUUCGAGAAGCUCGGCCCCAGCCUAGAGAGCCUGAUCGUGUUCGAUGGCUACUCGGCAAACGAGUUCCCGGCCGAUCAGCUACAGUACCUCACCAGUCUGAAGACGCUCGACUUCUCUGGCAACCGUAUCGCCACGCUGCCAGCCGAGUCGUUCUCCACGAUGCGCGACCUGAGACAUCUGGUGUUAGAACACAACCGCGUAACUCAACUGGACACGGAGCUGUUCAACGCCGACAACACACCCAGCCUGCACACUGUGCACCUCGACUUCAACCAGGUCUCUGGAGUUGGCGCCGGCACGUUCCGCCAUCUCGAGGCGCUGCAGGAGGUGCGUCUCGCCGACAACGCGGUCUCCUCGCUCUCGGAGGGAGCCUUCAGCGACCUGGCCCAGCUGCGAGCGGUGUCACUGGACGGUAACCGGCUCACGGAGCUGCCGGACAGCACGUUCAGCGGUCUGCCGCGCGCCAGCCGCAUCUCACUCGCCCACAACCAGCUGACAGCACUGAACCUGGACGCCUUCGAUCAGGUGGGCACCCUGGCCAGCCUGCAGCUGGACGCCAGCCACAACCAAAUCGUCGCGCUCGACAUGGAGCGCGAGUACUGGCAUAGCUUCACCAGCUUCGAGUACCUCGACCUCAGCCACAACCGGAUCGGAUACAUGACCGGCAAGUUCUUUGAAACGAUGCGCUCGUCGCUCACACACGCGUCACUGGCGCAUAACAACAUCACCAACAUCACGAGGGAUGUGUUCGGAUUCAUGCCUUACAUCCAGCUGCUUGACCUCAGCGACAACGCCAUCGAUUACAUCGACUACGACUCACUGCGCAGCGCCGUUAACUUACAGACACUCAACGUGUCGCGCAACAACCUGACUGAGCUGCCAGCCGAGCUGGUCCAGAACCUGGUCAGUUUCCGCGUCCUAGACGUCUCACACAACCACCUCACCGAGCUACCGGCGAACCUGUUUCGCCGGACGGCGCUCCAGAUCCUGCGCGCCUCCCACAACAACCUCACCACCUUCCCGGGCGACUGUCUGAGCCGCGUCGGUGACACGCUGUGCGAGCUGGACCUCAGCCACAACCGGAUCGCCAUCCUCACUGAUGACCUGCUGCACCGGCUCGGCCAUCUCGCCCGGCUCGACCUCUCCCACAACCGGAUUCUGUCGGUGGAGGCGGGUGCCCUCCGCGGCGUCCGCUCGCUGCGCCGACUCGACCUCUCUGGUAACCCGCUCGGCGACCUGUCGGCGGCCGCCGCGCUGCGCGACCUGCCCGAGCUCCGCCGGCUGCGGCUGGCCAACGCCUCGCUCACCCGGUUCCCCACCGUGUCGGCCUACACCCUGGAGGAGAUGGAUGUCUCCGAGAACGCCAUCAUCUCGCUGCGCGCCGAGGCGUUCUCGAACCUGACGUCUCUCCGGCGUCUGGACCUGGCCGCCAACCGCCUCACGGUCGUGGACCGCAGCGUCUGGAGCAUGCUCUCCGACCUGCGCAUCCUCAGUCUGAGCGGCAACCCCUUCAGCAACGUCUCCCAGCUCAGCCUGGAGGGUCUGGAGCAGCUCACUGAGCUGGACCUCUCAGACAUCGACACCAGCGAGAUGCAGCCAGACCUGCUGACGCCGCUCGAAUCGUUAACACAUCUGACAAUCAGCAUCAACGACAUCACUAGCAGCCCCAUCUCCAGCGACGGUGAUGACGACAGCGGCCUGCCGGCUCUCCUGCGGCGGCGGCCAAGCCUGCGUCACCUGCACGUGCGCCUGAACGGGACGCUGACGUCCGAGCUGGACGGCGAGCUGGGUCACCACCUGUGUAACAUCACCAUCAGCGGGCCAGCCGCCGACGGGAUCGCAGCCGGCGCGCUCAAGCGUGUCACCUGCCACCACCUGCACCUGGUGCUGGGCGAUGUACCGCGGCAGUUCCGGCUGCCGGCCGCCGUGUUCCAGUCCCUGGACCCGGCCGUGCGCUACGUGUCGGUACGGACGGACGGCCCGGUGGCGCUCGGGCGGCCCUUCACCAGCGAGCACCCGGGCCGCGCCGGCUCCGUGUUCCUCACCGACCUGAGCCUGGACGGAGACGGAUGGAGCUGCGACUGCUCCGAGACCGGCAUCGGGUGGGUGGAGCAGUGGUUGAGCGUCUGGCGCCACAACUACUGUCCCCAAGGCGACGACGACGACUUCCAGUGUCAGGAUACGAUCCGACGUCUGAGAAGGGCUCGCUGCUCCAGCGGCAAAUCUGUGCUGGCCGCGCUCAGCUCUGACGUCGAGUGUCACAGCAACGGCGCUGCGACGAUCAGCGCCGCCGCACUGCUGCUCACCGCAGCCCUGACGCUCCUAGCUGCCAGCGCCACCUACUAAGCAGAGCUUCGCCGAUUCACCACGGUGGCAGCAUGUCAGUGAUACGGCAGCUUUGCCUCUGGAAACGGUUGUGUGGGCGAAUGGAAAUCAAACGAUACGCCGUUAUGUUGUGCUUAUCCAGGUUUUUGAAUAAAGCUUAUGGAGAAACUUGAA